GCAGAACUUGGUACACUUCCUUCCCCGAAGGAAUAAUCGAGAGCUUUGAGCAGUUCGCCACGUUGUUCUCGUCCAGAUUCGUAUCUCAGAGGAUAAGAAAGCUCAAUGUGUCAGCACUUAUCAACUGCAGACAAGGAGGAGAGGAGACGCUAAUGAACUUCUAUGACGGAUGGAAUACCAUAGCAUGCGAAGUGCAAGAGAUCUUCUUGGCCAGACCUAGACCACCUGGUAAGGAAGGCGAUUGUGUUAGAAGAAGCAUUGACAACAAAUGAUAGCGUGAAGUUUGUCAACCUUGGAAGAGAAACGGUAGAUAAAGAAGGUCAGAUAAGGCAAACAAAAGAGGAUGCACACCGGAUAGGCAAAAUUACAAGUCUCAGUACACAAAUCGAGACAGCUGGCGUGAAGUGUUCACCGCUGAUAAAGAAGAAGGGUGCCGAGAAAGGGGUAGGUCAAAAAACGUGCAUCGGACACAAAGAAGAGAGGAUGAUCGGAAGUGGUGCGAUUGGUACCAAAUGGCAAAUUAUGACACCACAGAGUGUCGCUAGUUCAAAGCUAGUCUCAAAUAUCUUGCACCAGGAGACUUGAAGAGCCGUCUAGACACACGGCCUCGCAACGAGAGAGAGUACAAGAAAGGGAAAGGUCACCAAGCCCAAGAAGAAGAUCUCGUACGCCCAAACGUAAGAGAUCAAAAUCGCCAAGGCGAGAGCGAUCACCUCGACGAGAGCGCCAACCACCACCCCAAGACGCACUCCUCCGCAACGACAGCCUCGUGUGAACGAUGAUGACGUGGAAGUCAUAACAAUAUCGGGAGGAUGCAAGCGGCCUCAAACAGAAGGAGAUCGGCAGGUACAGUGCCUAAGCGUCCACAAAAGUGAGUUGGUUGAGAUAAUCUUUACACCUUCUGAGUUGGCACCCUAGGAGUGCGGAGAGGAUCCAUUGGUUAUCUCCUUCCGGAAAAUAAAGUUAAAAGUCACAAGGGCAUUGGUGGAAAAUGGAAGCUCAGGAGAUAUCCUAUUCUACUUCACGCUUAAGAGCAUGAAGAAAAGCGUACAGGAUCUCAAGCCCUCAACAACCAGUCUCAUGGGGUUCUCAUGGUAAAGAAAAUGGGUGCCGGGAUUGAUAACCCUGCAAGUAACAAUAGGAGAAGCGGGGGUAACGAAAACACGCCUUAUGAACUUCCAUGUAGUUGACUAUCCAUCAACGUACAAUGCGAUCCUGGGGUGUGGCUUUUGUCAACUUUCUCGGCGGUUCCAUCCACCUGCCACCAGAUGCUCAAAUUCCCCGCAGGAAGAAAAUUUCAUACGCGUCCAAGGAAACACCCAACAGGCGAAGGAAUGCUAUCUGGAAACAUAGAAAGCUUAGAGGUUGACGUGGUUGACACACGGGGAGGCCACCCUCGCCCUGAGGCGGUCGAAGAGGACGCAGUGGUAGUCCAAAAUGAAGAAGAGCCAGAGAAGAAGGUCAGAAUCUCAUCUCACCUACCAGAAGAGAAAGUGUGUGAUCUCUUGUCACUUCUCAAAGAAUACAAGGAUCUAUUCGCGUGGACCUCGAACAAUAUGUCGCGCGCGUCUCUAGGGAACUCGCAGGGCAUCACCUCUCGGUCAAAGAUAGGGCGAAGCUAGUGCAGCAGAGAAGAAGAAAUGCCUCCCUAGAAAAACAGAUGACCCUAGAGGAGGAUAGCAAAUCUAGUCUUCGUCAGCAAAGCGUCAGGACUAUGGCGAUUGGCAAAUGUGCAUUGAUUUCACAAACCUUAAUACGACCUGUCUCAAGGACGCAUACCCCCGGUCACGGAAUGAUAGAAACCUAAGUUUUGGGUUCUAUCAUAAUUAUCAUAAUAAUUAUUAUUAGGAUUU